CUAUCGCUCCAUCAAGCCGCCAUGUCGUCGCCGGCUGCGUCCAAACGCAAGCGGAGCUCCUCGCAUCUACACCCGCAGCCAGCAGAGCUCCAGCCGACCUCCCGCGACGCCUCGGGCGAAGAAACAGCUACAUGCACGCCGAAGAAGGAGAAAGGCACCGGCAUUGCGGCCGUUGCUGCUGCUGCGGCGGCUGCGGAAGUGCCGCCUAGCAAGCGGGCUCGAAGACGGUCAGUGGCAGACGGCGCGUCGACCAGCACCAGCAGCUCGAGGGCGAGGACAAGCAACAUUGACCCCGGCGAGCCGUCCGAGACGACGGAGGCGAGCGUCGACAUCGAGAACAGGGCCAAGCGGAGAGUGGAAGCGAGACAGGCGCAGGCUCAGGCUCAGGCUCAGGCUCAGAUGAAGCCAGCUACGCAUGCCGGAAUCCAGGAUCCAAAGGGGUACCAUACCAAUCCGCCGCCGACAGACAGGCCGGUGAGGGUCUAUGCGGAUGGAGUGUUUGAUUUGUUCCAUCUGGGACACAUGAGACAGCUCGAGCAGGCAAAGACGCUGAUUCCAAACACAUAUCUCAUAGUUGGGGUGACGGGUGACGCAGAAACGCACAAACGGAAGGGCCUGACGGUGCUGAACGAGGCGGAGCGAGCAGAGACUAUCCGCCACUGCAAGUGGGUGGACGAGGUUAUUCCCAAUUGCCCCUGGAUAGUCACGCCGGAGUUCCUGGAGGAACACCAGAUCGACUACGUGGCUCACGAUGACCUGCCGUACGGCGCAGACGAGGGAGACGACAUCUACGCCCCCAUCAAGCAGAUGGGCAAGUUCCUCGUCACGCAACGUACAGAGGGCGUGAGCACCACCGGCAUCAUCACCAAGGUUGUUCGGGACUAUGACAAGUAUAUAGCUCGCCAGUUCAAGCGGGGGGCUUCACGGCAGGAACUGAAUGUUUCAUGGGUCAAGAAGAACGAGCUCGAAAUCAAACGACAUGUCACCGAGCUGCGUAACGCCAUCAAGAACAACUGGUCUACUACGGGCCAGGAGCUGAGCAAGGAGCUCCGCCACCUCUGGCAGAACAGUCGUCCUACCAGCCCGAGUCGAGAGGCCGGUCCAAAUUGGGGAUCUGCUGCGGCCUCCAGGGCCCAUCUACAUGCUGAUCCGCCCAGCAGGCCUGAGAGUCCCGGCGUAGCUGGCAGAAGCGAGGACUUUGCUACGGGUUACUCGCUCGGGCUGAUUGGAGGUGUUCGUUCGUGGGUAUGUUUGACUUUCUCUCUCUCUAGAAACAAGCUAUUUGAUCCGUCAUAA